GUAGUGCUGUCAGCGACGAGGAGAGGGAGAAAAAAGAGAGCGAGAAAACAAGCGCGCCCCAAGCAGCCGAUUAACCCCCCCCCAGCACCCGGCCGAAAAGCCACUUUGCACCACGCCGGGGUGGGGGCUCCGCGGCGGGCAGAAAAGAGCUCGGGGCCGGGGGCGGACACGUCCCCGCAGCAGCUCCGUCGGUCUAGCCGACCCGGGGCUGCGGGAGCAGCGGCUCCGGCGCUGCCCGCUACUUUUCGGCAGGAAUUUUGCCCUUUCCGGCGGGGUGGCUGCUGGGGCGGGCGGACCGCCCCCGUCCACCCGCGAAGCGCGGCUCGCUGCCCGGCCGAGGGACCCCGCUGGGCUGCGUUGGGGGAUCCGAGCUGCGCCCGCCUCGCUGCCGGGGGCCGGGCCGGGCCCUCUUGGUGACCAGGGACCGGGGCUGUAGCGCCCGGCCCCGGGGACGCUCCCAGCUUGGGGGGUGGCGUGUCCCCCCCACGCCCGGUUCUCCGCAGCGGCGCGGGAUGGGAGCCGGGGCAGGGCAGGAGAGCCGGGGGGGGCGCUAGGAGAGCGGCCCCCUCGCCCGGAGCCCCCGGCACCCCGGCCCGACCGCGGCAUGGCUCCGGGCAGCGCCUGAAGGGGCCGGGGGUCGGCCCGGGGAGCAGCGGCGCUCAGCCCCCCUGGGGGACGGGCCCGCGCCCCGCUGUGGGGCGGGGGAGAGAGUCGGGGCCCGAGGGGCACCAGGCCUGAGCCCCGCCCGCUCCCGCCCCGCGGCCGUUGGGGCGAGUCCCCGCCGGGCUCGGGCCGGGGUCGCGGGUCGCUGCCCCCGGCGGCGCCUCCAUCUGCAGCCCGGCGGCGCCGACCGGCGGGGAGCGGGGAACAUGGCGGACCUGGAGGCGGUGCUGGCCGAUGUCAGCUACCUGAUGGCGAUGGAGAAGAGCAAGAGCACCCCGGCGGCGCGGGCCAGCAAGAAGAUCAGCCUGCCGGAGCCCAGUAUCCGCAGUGUGAUGCAGAAGUAUCUUGAGGAGAGAGGUGAAUUAACCUUUGACAAGAUUUUCAAUCAGAAGAUUGGAUUUUUGCUUUUUAAAGAUUAUUGUAUGAAUGAAAUUGAUGAAGGUGUCCCUCAGCUGAAAUUUUAUGAAGAGAUAAAAGAAUAUGAAAAACUGGAUUCUGAGGAGGAACGUCUUAGCAGAAGUCGGCAGAUUUAUGACACAUACAUAAUGAAAGAGCUGCUGUCUUGCUCACAUCCGUUCUCAAAGAAAGCUGUAGAUCAUGUACAAACUCACCUUGCCAAGCAACAAGUGCCACCAAGUCUUUUUCAGCCAUACAUAGAAGAAAUUUGUGAUAGUCUCCGAGGAAAAAUAUUUCAAAAAUUUAUGGAAAGUGACAAGUUUACUAGAUUUUGUCAAUGGAAAAAUGUAGAACUAAAUAUUCAUCUGACCAUGAAUGACUUUAGUGUACACAGAAUAAUUGGGCGAGGGGGAUUUGGUGAAGUAUAUGGUUGCAGAAAAGCAGACACUGGAAAAAUGUAUGCAAUGAAAUGUUUAGAUAAGAAGAGGAUCAAGAUGAAGCAAGGAGAAACAUUAGCCUUAAAUGAAAGAAUUAUGCUGUCGCUAGUCAGUACUGGAGACUGCCCUUUUAUAGUGUGUAUGACCUAUGCCUUCCACACCCCUGACAAACUCUGCUUCAUCCUGGACCUGAUGAAUGGAGGAGAUUUGCACUACCAUCUCUCACAGCACGGGGUGUUUUCUGAGAAGGAGAUGAGGUUUUAUGCUACUGAAAUCAUCCUGGGCUUAGAACACAUGCACAAUCGAUUUGUUGUAUACAGAGACUUGAAGCCUGCAAACAUCCUGUUGGAUGAGCACGGACACGUAAGGAUAUCAGACCUUGGUCUUGCUUGUGAUUUUUCCAAAAAGAAACCACAUGCUAGUGUUGGUACCCACGGAUACAUGGCUCCCGAGGUGCUCCAGAAAGGAACAGCAUACGAUAGCAGCGCAGACUGGUUCUCUUUAGGCUGUAUGCUUUUCAAACUUCUGAGAGGUCACAGUCCUUUCAGACAGCACAAAACCAAAGAUAAGCAUGAGAUCGACCGGAUGACGCUCACCGUGAAUGUGGAGUUACCAGAUGCAUUUUCCCCUGAACUAAAGUCCCUUUUGGAAGGGCUUCUGCAACGUGAUGUUAGCAAGAGGCUUGGCUGUCAGGGUAGCAGCGCGCAAGAAAUAAAAGAGCAUCAUUUUUUCAAAGGGAUUGACUGGCAGCAAGUCUACUUACAAAAGUAUCCUCCUCCACUAAUUCCUCCCCGGGGAGAAGUAAAUGCAGCAGAUGCUUUUGAUAUUGGCUCCUUUGAUGAAGAGGACACUAAAGGCAUUAAGUUGGUUGAUAGUGACCAAGAAUUGUAUAAGAACUUCCCUCUGGUAAUAUCAGAGCGUUGGCAGCAAGAAGUAGCAGAAACUGUUUAUGAUGCAGUAAAUGCAGACACGGAUAAAAUUGAGGCCAGGAAGAGGGCUAAAAAUAAACAACUUGGCCAUGAGGAAGAUUAUGCACUAGGGAAGGACUGCAUUAUGCAUGGGUACAUGUUGAAAUUGGGGAACCCAUUCUUGACUCAGUGGCAACGUCGUUACUUUUACCUCUUUCCAAACCGACUUGAAUGGCGAGGAGAAGGAGAAUCACGGCAAAAUCUACUGACAAUGGAACAGAUAGUCUCAGUGGAAGAAACUCAGAUUAAAGAUAAGAAAUGCAUCUUGCUGAGAAUUAAAGGAGGAAAACAAUUUGUCCUGCAGUGUGAGAGUGACCCAGAGUUUGUUCAGUGGAAAAAAGAGCUGACAGAAACCUUUACUGAGGCACAGAGGCUGCUGCGUCGCGCUCCAAAGUUUCUCAAUAAAUCUCGCUCAACAGUUGUAGAGCUUUCAAAGCCACCACUCAGCCAUAGGAAUAGCAAUGGGCUGUAGAAGAGAUGAGAGAACAAAGGUCACUUAGGGAAAGCGACUCCGUCACCAUGUAUGAGGGCCACAGCAUCAUUAGUUACUUGUACAAUCCCUGAACCAGGAAGUACUUAGAAGAUGACGCCUUGGAUGUUUACAGCAUGGGAUGAUGACAGGACUCUACAUCUGGAGGUUGUGAAGACUAAAGCAAUGACAAGGCGAAUGCUCACUAAUAGCAGUAGUGAAAGUUGUCAAAUGUAGAGGCUGCUUAUCGUUCCCAUGCAUCAUCACACCCUGGUGGUGUUCGAAUGGUCUGUUAUCCUAGAACUAUUGAAGGAAGGAAGAUAAUCUUUUCUUUGCAAUACCCUUGUUUUGGUAUGUACCAAACCUGGAAACUGAAAUGGUUACUACUCUUUAUCAUUUACAUGUUGAUGUCUGUUAUUGACAUAUCCCAGACUUUGGAAGGAACUGCAAAUUUGUCAUGUGGGAUAACAGGUAAUCCUAUAUGUUGCCUUGUUCUUUCCAGCCAUCACUAUUGACUUUCAUAGAUCCUUGCUCCAUACUGCUGGUGAUCAACAGUGUGACUCUUAUGCACUUCAAAAUACUGAUUUCUAACUGUCCUGUGGUUUGAAUGUUGUUGAUACUUCAUGGAAACAUUGAACUCAGAUUAUUCACUUGGUGUGUUGUACUCACUAAUAGUAGCUACCACCGUUUUGUUUCUUCUACGUAUAUACAAAACUAUAACUGACACAACAGAGUAAUAAUUGGUGAAGAGGAAUAUAUGGUAGCUUCAUCUAGUGGUCUGUUGUAAAAAUUGAUUAUUUUAGCACAGUUUUUAAACAGCAGAUUCCUUUUGACAAGUUUACAGUGAAUACAAAACAGUUCUUUUCCAUGUCAGCUCAACUGCACUUUUUAAAAAUUAAAGAAUUCUGUAAAUCCAGUGCGUACUAGUGCACAUACGGGAUUAAAAUGUAUGGAUAACUUGGUAUGUAUUCUUCUGGAUCGCUCUUAAGUGGUUGGACUCAUAGACCCUUCUCUCUCUCUCUCUCUCUCUCUCUCUCUCAAAGUAAUGUGUAGCAUAGUUAUCCCAGACCUUCGUCAUAGCCAAGCACUUAAUAGUCACAUGCACAUCAGAUUGCAGGAAUUUCAAAAAGAAGUCCAAAUUUCCUUUUAUAGAGAAUUCAGACAUUCACACUGAAAACAGUCUGAGAAUAUUGAGGAUGAAAAUGACAAAAAUAAGACGAUUAUAUGCCAAAUAUAUGUAAAUUCUCCUUAUGUCAUCAUUCAUAUGUCACAUGUAAGGUGAUAUUUUAGGGAAGUAAAAAUAUAGUAUAUAAUCUUUGGACAACUUUGAACAUUUCAGGACAAUUUCUACCCUGUUAUGCAUACUAUGAGUCUCAUUGAAUCUAAUGGGUUUGCAAGAGGUGCAAGUCAGAGGAGAAUUUGAGCCUUCAUCUAAUUCUGUAUGACAUUGUUUAUUGCGGGUCACAUUCUGCUGAGUUACAUGGGUAUAACUCUCAUAGAAGUCAACAGACUUGCGCCUGUGUAAAUGGAAGCAGAAUUGCCCAUCCCUUCUGACCAGUUCAUUUCUAGCUUGUCUGGCUAACAGUCAACCGCAGAGCUUCAGAAUGGUUUCACGGACAGCAAAGUAUAAAGUGCCAAAACACUCAAAAAUCCUUUUUUUUUUUUUAAAUUCAUCUAUUUAUCCUCAGCUCCUAUUUAUCCUCCACAUUGUUGUGAAAUUGGAUGUAUGAGCUACUAAAAAUGGGAUGGCUUAAUAAAUCUGACAACAAUGCCAACCAUUUUUCUUCUAUCUUGUUAUAGUGUGAGAAAAAAAUUGAAUUUUAAAAAAUAUUUUAUGCUUGGCAAGUGGUAAUUUUAAAAGGAUAUUUACACAUUUGUUUUCUUGGAUUACUUUUUAAAAUGAGCAUGGAGUUCCAUCUUCAUCUACUGAAAAGUAAUGUUUGAAGUCCUGGUAUAUUUCUAUGAGCAGUAACUGUGGUCUUUUCCUAAACUCAUGUCACUGUGGAGUGGCAGAUUUUUAAUGUAAUCCCCUGUACACUGGAUAUUUUUGAAUUGUUUUCCUAGAAUACCACACACGCACCUAUUCUGAUUUGUGUUUUGAAUAAAAAGAAAGCUCAAUCUAUGAUAAAACCACAUUAAAAAACCCCUCAUAUCAUCUCUUACUCCAUUCGUGUUUUAUUAGUUCAAGGUCAAUUUGAUCAGUUCCAUUUGUUCUCUUUUAAUUAUUUCCAGUAGCUGAAAUUUUCUGUCAUCAUAUCCUUUGGGAACAUUUGUGGAUCUAUGGUUAUGAUUCUGAUAUUUUCAUCAUAUUAAAUUCUAAAAUGCUAUUUUCUGUAGAUAAAAGGAAGAUAUAUCUGAAGCUAAAAAUGUGUGCCUCUAAAACAUUCAUUUCUUUGAAUCAAAGCUAUGUAAUAACUUGUGGAAGAUAUGUUUAUUUUAAAAAUUAAAUUACUAAAUAGAGUUGGUUUGACACUUGAAUAUACUGUAGCUUUUUACAUUAUCACCUCAUUUUUGUAAGCUGUUUAAAGUUAUCUGGAUUUUGAUUUUUAAAAUGGCAGCUAAAAUCAUCUGUCAUUUAAUAUUCACUGCAUUCCCUUUGAUAAUUGCUUAUAGGAGUCAAAUAUUAAUAUAAAUAUAUCAUUAUUUAUUUUCCUCCAGUUUUAUUUUUCCCCAGAAUAUUAACAUGAAUUGUUGAAGCUUUGUAGAAGUUGAGUGUUUUGCACCAUUCCACUGUCUCAGUCAGUAACUUCACAUUUCUGAAAGAACAGUUAUCUUAACAAAACCCCCACACUUGUAUUCACGGUAAAGUAUUUUAUCACUAAUAAAUGAAGGUUUUGCUUGGAAAACUCAGAAUUAGAUUUUAUACUGUAGGGAGAGAUUUAAAAUUUAAGAAUUCUGAAGUCAGAGAUUUGUUGUUGUUCUUAACCAAUUGUUGCUAUUUUAGAUAUCAAAUUCUAUAAUGUCUUUAUGGGACAAACAAAAUUGUUUUUUCACAAGGAUCUUUAAAGAAUAUAAAUAUGUUGUAAAACUUGUUAAAAAUUGAAAAUGUGAGAUAAGACUUGGUUUUGUCUUUUAGACAUCUGAACCCCCUUUGUACGCUCAGUGUGCUUAUAAAAUGUUCAGGGAACUAAAAAUUAAAAGAAAAAGCUGCUUGCGUCAACAAAACUAAAUGAAACAUUAAAUGCGGCUUUUCAAUAUGUUGCUAUCUGCAAGGCUGUAAAUGUUUAUUCAGCUCUAGUGCUGGCUUUUAUUUUAUUCAUUUGUGGGUAACUUUUUCCUUUUCAUUUUAGAGCAAAAUAUAUUCCAGACAAUGCCAGAUUUGCCCUCCUACACCUUGGGUGUUGCUGGGAUAUAUCUCAAUAAUUCUUUAUAUUAGUUCUUCUGACAUAUGAGCUGAUGAGUUUCUGAAGGCCCUAAUCCUACAGAGACUUGUUUAUGUGCAUCAGUGUAAUCAAGCCCAUGAGUAGUGUGAUUGAGACUGUUCACAUGAUUAAAGUUAAGCAUGUGUGUAAGCUUUUAAAGGCUUAGGGCCUAACAGGCUUCAGAAUUGUCCUGGAAAAACAUGGGGCUCACCCUCCAUUCUUGGCUUACUACAGUUCCCCUAGUGAAGAAAGACCAUGGCAGUUUGAGUGUGCAAGGAAUAAGUUAGACCUUCCCAUUUACUGUUGUGAAUUAGGGCCCCAAUUUGGGACAGCACUUGAGCAGGUGUGUAAGUCACAUUGACUUUUGUGCUUUAACCGCUCUCCUGAAUUGGGAUGCUUUCCUGAAUCAGGACCUAAAUCUGGGAUAAGCAAAACAUCAUUCAUUUAUACUGAAAAACAGAAGUAUAACGGUGGAACUGUUCAGAAAUGGGUAUUUUCCAUUAGUUGGGAGAUGCUGUGCAGCAUUUCAGUCAACACUCUGUAAAAUGGCCCAAGGCCUCAUGGUGUUUAAGCUAGAAAUUAGGGGCAAUUUAUUGUUCAAAUCUAUUAUGUACUUGAAUACGAGCUUGCAAAACCGUAGAUGAACAUUUAUAGUGCUGUUAAUUUCUUUACCGAGGUAUAGGUCAUCCUUGUAGUUUAAGUAUCAUUGUUUAAAUGCUUCUUCAGAAAAGUUAUGCUUUAGCUUCAUUUCAUUAUCAUGCUAGUCCAGCUAGAUUUAAGGCUAAAAUCUAAUAUUUUUAAUAAUACUUUUCGGAGAUGAGCUUAUUUAUCAUCAUAAAUACAUGAGUGUACUGAGUGUUCAUUUGGGGCUUACUCCAACGCCUCUUGAAGUCAGUGGGCAUUAGAUCUGUCAGCUCUUAGAAUGGAGAGAGAUAAAUAGUGGUGUCCCCCCUGGAGUCUGUACUGGGACCAGUGCUGUUCAACAUAUUCUUAAAUGAUCCGAAAGAGAGGGUAAACCAUCAGGUAGCAAAAUUUGCAUACAAUAAAAAAUUACUCAAGAUAGUUAUGUCCAAAGCAGACUGCAAAGAGUUACAAAGGGAUUUCACAAAAGUGGGUGACUGGGCAACAAAAUGGCAGAUGAAAUUCAAUAUUGAUUAAAUGCAAAGUAAUGCACAUUGGAAAACAUAAUCCCAACUAUAUAUAAAAUGAUGGUGUCUAAAUGAGCUGUUACCAAUCAAGAAAGAGAUCUUGCAUCUUGGAGUCAUUGUCAAUAAUUCUCUGAAAACAUCCACUCAAUGUGCAGCGGCAGUCAAAAAAGCGAACAGAAUGUUGGGAGUCGUUAAGAAAGGGAUAGAUAACACGACAGAAAAUAUCAUAUUGCCUCUAUAUAAAUCCAUGGUACGCCCACAUCUUGAAUACUGUGUGCAGAUGUGGUCGCCCCAUCUCAAAAAAGUUAUAUUGGAAUUGGAAAAGGUUCAGAAAAGGGCAACAAAAAUAAUUAAGGGUAUGGAGCAGCUUCCAUAUGUGGAGAGAUUAAUAAAACUCGGAUUUUUCAGUUUGAAAAGAGAUGACUAAGAAGGGAAAUGAUCGAGGACUAUAAAAUCAUGACUGGUGUGGAGAAAGUAAAUAAGGAAGUGUUAUUUACUCCUCAUAACACAAGAACUAGGGGUCACCAUAUGAAAUUAAUAGGCAGCAGAUUUAAAACAAACAAAAGGAAAUAUUUCUUCACACAACACACAGUCAAUCUGUGGACCUCCUUGCCAGAGGAUGUUGUGAAGGCCAAGACUAAAACAAGAUAAAAAAAGAACUAGAUAAGUUUAUGGAGGAUAGGUCCAUCAAUGGCUAUUAGCCAGGAUGGGCAGGGAUGGUGUCCCUAGCCUCUGUUUGCCAGAAGUUGGGAAUGAGUGACAGGGAUAGAUCACUUGAUGAUUUCCUGUUCUGUUCAUUCCCUCUGGGGCACCUGGCAUUGGCCAUUGUCGAAAGACAGAAUACUGGGCUAGAACGACAUUUGAUCUGACCCAGGAUGGCCGUUCUUAGAUUAGGUUUUAAAAACAAUGGCACUGAGCAUGUUGUGUGAGUUUAGCACAUGUGUGGACCACACUGUUCCUGUAUGUAGGCCCAGCCUCCACAAUUUGGCAUGUGGAGUGUUACUUAGUUGAGGCCUUGGCUACACUGGCAAUUCACAGCGCUUCACUUGCCGCGCUCAGGGGUGUGAAAAAACACCCCCCCUGGGCACAGCGAGUGCAGAGCUGUAAAGUGCCAGUGUAAUCAGCGCCUGCAGCGCCGCACGCUCGCUCGCAGCACUGCGAGCUAUUCCCCUCGGAGAGGUGGAGUACUUACAGCACUGCACGCUCGCUCGCAGCACUGCGAGCUAUUCCCCUCGGCGAGGUGGAGUACAUACAGCACUGCGAGCUAUUCCCCUCGGCGAGGUGGAGUACAUACAGCACUGCACGCUCGCUCGCAGCACUGCGAGCUAUUCCCCUCGGAGAGGUGGAGUACAUACAGCACUGCGAGCUAUUCCCCUCGGAGAGGUGGAGUACAUACAGCGCUGCGAGCUAUUCCCCUCGGAGAGGUGGAGUACAUACAGCACUGCACGCUCGCUCGCAGCACUGCGAGCUAUUCCCCUCGGAGAGGUGGAGUACAUACAGCGCUGCGAGCUAUUCCCCUCGGAGAGGUGGAGUACUUACAGCACUGCACGCUCGCUCGCAGCACUGCGAGCUAUUCCCCUCGGAGAGGUGGAGUACUUACAGCGCUGCGAGCUAUUCCCCUCGGAGAGGUGGAGUACAUACAGCGCUGCGAGCUAUUCCCCUCGGAGAGGUGGAGUACUUACAGCGCUGCGAGCUAUUCCCCUCGGAGAGGUGGAGUACUUACAGCACUGCACGCUCACUCGCAGCACUGCGAGCUAUUCCCCUCGGAGAGGUGGAGUACAUACAGCGCUGCGAGCUAUUCCCCUCGGAGAGGUGGAGUACUUACAGCACUGCACGCUCGCUCGCAGCACUGCGAGCUAUUCCCCUCGGAGAGGUGGAGUACUUACAGCGCUGCGAGCUAUUCCCCUCGGAGAGGUGGAGUACUUACAGCACUGCACGCUCACUCGCAGCACUGCGAGCUAUUCCCCUCGGAGAGGUGGAGUACUUACAGCGCUGCGAGCUAUUCCCCUCGGAGAGGUGGAGUACAUACAGCGCUGCGAGCUAUUCCCCUCGGAGAGGUGGAGUACUUGCAGCGCGCGAGAGAGCUCUCGCAGCGCUGGUGGCGCGACUACACUCGCGCUUCACAGCACUGAAUCCGCGAGUGUAGCCAAGGCCUCAGUUGCAUUCAAGCUUCCUGUAAUUUCAGUGACUCCCUCAGAGAUGUGACAGAGCUCUCUCUUCCCCCCCACACACUUUCCCUAAAGAAAAAAUCAAAUAAUACGGCAGUAAUAUUGCCACUGUUCUUAUCAAUAUACAUUUAUUCACUGUCUGAUACAUGGAUUACAGGACAUAUAGGGCAUUUGGUGCUAAAAACAAAGAAAUCAGUUCAUUUAGGCGCUGAUCCUACAAACUUUUAAGCACAUAAACACUCCUCCUAAAGUUACUUGGACUUGAUUCAGCAGCAGUAUUAAGGUCAAUAAGAGUUUUGCCAUUGACUUAAAGGAACGUAGGAUCAAGCCCUAUGUGCAUAAAGUUACUCAUACACUUACUUUUUUAGGAUUGAGGCCUUAAAUAUUAGUAAACUCUUCAUGAAAGAUGAAAUACCUGGAGCUCUGUUUGUUGUGAUUUUCUUUGGCUGUUGUACAGACAGCUAAAAACUACAUUCCUAUUUAAUAUCAUUUACUUUUACAUUGUGUAGAUGUGCACAAAUCACUUUCUUUACUUUUCCCACACAGCAAAUACUGGUGAUGCAGUUCCCUUAAUUCUGAAAUUCCCACCUAAAUACUUAUGGGGACAGGUUCUUUUGAACUCUGCUGUAGAGAGUAAAGAAUUCUAGUGGUGUUAUUUUAAGAAAUGAGUCAAUAAUUCUACAAGUUAAAAAAACCUGAAAAUAUUAUUUUAAAAAAGUAUAGUAUUUCUUAAUUUGUAAUAUUGUAUAAAAUGGAAAAUAUCUAAAAUAUAUAGAGAAAAUAUAUCUACAAAUGUCUGCACAAAUUGCAAAUGAUUUAAUUUUGUGUUUCCUGUUGAUUUAUAUUCCAUGAUGUACAUAUUAUGUGGAUUGUCAUUUAUUGAACAUUGGCUGUUUUAAUACUAUUGUUAAAUUGUAUUUUUAUUUUAUUUUAAACUAAUCAUCACAGACUCAGCUUUAUUUUGUUAAUGUAAAGUUUGCUACGCUGUGUAGGUAUAAAACCAAGAAUUCUAUUUUAACAAAAAACAUUUUAUAUUAUUUAUUGAAUCCAUAUGUUUCUUCAACUUGUGACAUUCCAUAAAACUCCUGCUCCUUAUCUGUAUAGCUUGUUAUUUAAAGAGAUGGCAGUUCCUUUCAGAUAGAAUUGAACAGCUUUAUUCUGUUUUUCAUAAAUAAAGUCAAAUUAAUUUCAGUAACAAUCUGUCCAGUUUACCAUUUUAUCGUAAAAAUAAAAACACACCCUUUUUUGCAGUUACCUAGAUCAUCUCUUUAAUGCAAUGGCUGAGUGAAUCAAACAUCAUAUAAACAUUCUUGCCAAUAAAACCCAUCAGCUCAAUUUGCUGGUAUUCACAGCUUUUAUUCUUUUUAUUCCUGGACAUUCCAGUGAGCGAGGUUUUAUUCUCAAGAAUGUUCAUGGAAAGGAAGCUGUUACAAAUGCCAGCACAAAUAAUCACAAGAGGAUUCACAGUGGUAGUGCUGUCUCGGCCAUUUUAGAAAGCUCAUUACUAGUCAUGGAAAACAUAUGAAGAGUUAUAAAUGUUCACAGUUUGUUUGUGAACAGAAAAAGGGACUUACCCUGUUCAUAAAGCUUACAUCAUCCCAUCAGGAAACAGAAAUAGUAUCAUGGAACAUAGGUGACUGGUCACACUGUGUGGCUAGCAAACGCUCAUAAGUUGAAAUGGUACUGCUUAACUCCCACUGAAACCUUCACAAGGGCAUUUAAAUUGUAUUUAAGUGGCACAAGGGUCUUGGUGGCCCCUCCUGCACUUGGAAUGCAUUUCACCUAUAGUGAGAAGUUUGCAACUAAACUAUUGGCUGACUUGACUUCUGUCUUCACAAACUAUUGUGACUAUUGGACAAUUCUGCAAAAUUAUGAUCUAGUAGUGGAUAAUUGACUAACAGACAAUAGGGCUACAUUUGUCAAAUAACUCAUUUGCUAAAACCCACCCAUCUCUAAGCAUGCCAUGUACGCUUUGAGGAAUACAUUGCCGCAUAAAAGAAUAUGUUUUUAAUCUCCAUGUGUUGGGAAGCUUCAGUGCGCACUCUUUAGUAUUUCAUUAAAUAACAUCUUGCUUAUGGAGAGCUCACCAUCAAACGUUCCUUUUACCCACCAUCGGAAUUAAGCCUCCUCUUCUCAUUAACGAAGUAGCACAAGUGCUUUAUUCAGAGCUGGAGACAGCACUGUGUAAGGGUAAAUACUGUUCUUUGGUUUGAUUGUUUUUGUUUUGGUUUCCAUUUUCCCAGUCUUAAAUUGUUUGACCACAUUUAAUUGCUAUUGCUAUCAAGCAAACCAGAAUUUUGAGCAGUCCUGCCUCGUGAGCAUCCACCAAGAGAGAUUAGGCCGCGGUGAAGUAUGCACUGCUGCCAUUCUAAAGCUUCUGUCUGAAGCCCUCUCUUAAAUGCACGGUGAGGGCGUAGAACUCAUUCCAAUUCACCCAAACCGAGACAUACCAGAGCAGAACACUUCUUUAGAAUAUCUAAGUCCUGCAUUAGAGGGUAGAUUGUACCUUGGCAUCAGGAUUUUCCUGACAUGCUUUUUAUUUCCAUUCUAGCUUAUUAGGCAGAAGAAUGGGGAGUUGCAUAAAGGGAUUUUGGAAUGAGGCCGUAGCUGAGUACAGUGGAAGGAUAAAGUUUUCCCUAUUGAAACAUGUCCUUGUUUCUUUCUGAAAGGAGAGAGGUGACUGAGCAGGUGAGGUGGACUAGUGCAAAUAAAAGCAGACUGAAAAACAGAAUAAAGUUAGAACUUCCUGAGAGAGGCAUUUUCUUACUCACUUUAUUUUUGUGACUUAAUUCAGAAGCAGCAGUAGAGGAGCAGAUUUAAAUGAAUAGCAAUGAGUGAUUAAAAAAAUGGAAAGAGAACCUGUUUUCAGUGUGUGAUUUAAUGGUAAGAAAAGCCAGUAUCUGUAAAUAACUUUAGAUAUUGUAUCUGAGAAACAUUUGUUUUAUAUGUUUUGCUCUUUUCAUAUUUAUUGUGCAGAAGGAGGUUUUAUACCUCCUCGAUAUCCUACUAGUGCACGUUUGAAGUCGUAUCUUCCACAGAGACUGUGUGGUCACGGUUUACAGUCCUGGGCAGUGUAUGUGCUGUGCCACACUUCGUUCAUUCUACCAUUAUUACUUUUUUAACAAUUGGAACAGCUAAGCUGCUUCUGUGUGUUGGUCAACUGCUCUCAUGCAAAGAGAAUUCCAAUAAAAAAAAAUCACGUGA